GCUUGGGUGGCGGGGCUCUGAGGCUCCGGCCUGACCUCUCCACGGGGUCGACGGGAACGUCUCCGGAUGCCAGGAGUCGCAAAGGGCCGACCAGGAUGAGGAAACCCCAGGCGGAGUCCGGGGGAAGCAGCACGGCAUCCCAGCCUCAGGCCUGCCCGGACGCUGUUGGGGUAAGAUUGGGGAAGAUGCCAGGUGAUAGAAUCCACCCUGCCUCUGACAGCAUCGAAUCUGGAGCAAAGGCUUCUUUCAACCCUCCCCCAAGCUUCCAAUACAAGCCCAAAUUCUGGAACAAAUCCUUUCCAACACCUCCUUCAGAAAAGCUCCCUGGCUCCAGGCAGUGCUUGCUCCCCUCCCUGCAGCAGGGAGCCCAGCUUGCGAGCUGCAGGUGUGCUCCAGGUGGUCACUGGAUGCAGGGUAUUGACAGAUGGAUCCCAUCGAUACCCCCACUGCAUAACCAUAGUGCAGUGAAUAGAAGACACUUCUCUGCACCCCAAAAGCUCCAUGCUGAUUGCGAGAAGGAAAUGCUGGAUGGAGGGGUUCCUGGAACUACUGUGAGGGUUUCUUUUGAUUUCUCCUGCUUAGAAAUGGUGAGAGAACUUUGGAUGUGGAACGUGGAGGAGGAACACGAAGUGAGGAUCUGCACUUGGGAUGCUCAACACUGCGGAUGCCCGGCAAAGGCACUGCCCGGUCCACCUCCCGGAGGGGUCUCUGUGCCUCAGUCGGCAUCGCAGCUGAUGGUGAAACUUUUGGUGUGGCAGAAGAGUGUCCACAAACUUUGGAAGGUAUCCGCUGCAUCCUCCAUGGCAGUGUAUGCCUGCCGAGGGCGAUCUUCUCGGGGAGCGGAAAGUCUCGUUGGUGGGCCAGGGCUGGCUGGCUGGAGCCACUUGGGCGGCGCAGCCCUGGCGGAGGUUCAGGCGGCCCCGGUGUCGCAAGCGGCUGUGAGUGAUGCCUCUUUGGGGCCGGAGGGGUCCCAGGAAGGCUGCAGACCAGGGCUGAACAGCGGGCAGCAUGGUGGAAGCGAUGGAAGGUGACGGGGUUCGCAGCGCCAGGGGGCCCAGCAGACCCCGAGCCCGGGCAUCCCGCAUCGCCAGCAGCACCGCGGGGAGGCCUGGCGCUGGUGACGCGGCGGCCACUGCACGAGGCCCACGACCCAGUCCCAGAGGCCAGCCCAUCGUCAGCUAACAUCAGGAACCCUGGGCCAGCUGAGGCCCGGGCCCCAGGGGCAAGACAAAGGGCAGAGGCUCCGCAGGCGGGGCCAAGAGCCGGCAGCGCAGGCCUGGCUCCACCGCCGCGGAGCUCGCAGGGCGCAGCAGGCACCGGGCAGCAACCAAGGCUUCCAGAGGAGGCUGUGCACCCCCGCAAAGGCUCCUGCCCGGCGUCCAGCCUCUCCGCGGGGACUCCACGUGCAACACCUCCUCAUUGUCCUUGUCUAGGGCCGAGACAAGGUCCUCGCUCCCAUGGCGCGACUCCGGGGGCGCAGGAGCCUAGGCUGAGCAGGUGGAGUAGGGUGAGCACCGCCAAGAACCCAACGAGAGUGGCGCCCCAGGGCGGCACAGGAGGCCGCAUUUAACGUGUCAAUCAUCUCAAAGAUUUUAUGACAUCUUCUUUUUUGACAUCUUAUAAUAUCUAUAAUGUUUAUUAUAUCUUGUGAUAUAAUUAUUAACACCACUUCAUUGUGAUUAUUAUGAUUAUUUUUAUACCAACAAAUCUUCAAUUAUUAAUAUUCCCAGUUGCUAAAGAAAAAUGAAAACGACUAGUUUUGAAAGCCUUACUUCUGCCAAUGGAAGCACAUUCCAGCAUGUGGCCAAUGCAAUCCACUUUCCACCACUUUCAGAAGAAACCUUACUGCAAAAUUAUACUAUCCUACCGUUAUAUACUUUGUGUGUGUGUGUACUUGUAUGUAUGUAUAUUAUAUAUGUAAUAUAUAUAUAUAUAUAAAGUAUGCCAGAGAUGAACAAGUAUUAGAAAAUUAAAUGCACACAGGUCAUGUCAGUGCUAUGUAUAAUGUGGUGUACUAAGUAUAGAUGUUCAACAGUGUGGAAUCUAGGCUGGAACAAGACUUCUAGUCUUAAGCAAUUCUUUCUAGGUUCAGUCUCUGGAAAUAAUGCUCUGUAUCAAAUGUGCGAGAAAAUUAAUGGGUUUUAAAGACUAUUCUAUGUCAACUAUAACAUUUCAUUUGGGGAUUUCUGUCCCUUAUAAUAUCUACCUCAUUUUGGAUGGAUUCCUUGAGGCCUGGUUUAUUUUUCUUUUCCUUUCUACACAUCGCUGCUUAGAGUGAUGAAUGGAGUUGUAUUUUGAAUAAAAUAGCUAAGCAUC